AUGACUUGCUGUGUUCCCCGCUGCUGCAGUGUCCCCACCGGCCCUGCCACCACCAUCUGCUCCUCUGACAAAUGCUGCCGGUGUGGAGUCUGCUUGCCCAGCACCUGCCCACACACGGUGUAUUUGCUGGAGCCAACUUGCUGCGACAACUGUCCCCCACCCUGCCAUAUUCCUCAGCCCUGCGUGCCCACCUGCUUCCUGCUCAACUCCUGCCAGCCAACCCCAUGCCUGGAAAACAUCAACCUCUCAAUCUACACCCAGCCUUGCUGUGAGCCCUGCGUCCCAAGCUGCUGCUGA